AUGAGCAGCUCCAUUGACGAACUUCCGCAAGAGGUGACCGCUGUCGGGACGCUGGGCGACGUGGGCGCGGCCUACGCCGUGUACGAGAAGAACUGGCGAUGCGAAGACUGCACGCACGAGAACUACGCGCGUCGCAAGCGCUGUUUCCGCUGCCGUGCGCCCAAAGUUGAGCGUCCUGACGCGCUGGUUGUCGACAGUCUGGGCGAUCGCCACACGUGGCGCGAGGCGCUGGACCCGACGUCCAACAAGAUUUACUACUACAACACCGAGACGAACGCGACGCAGUGGGAGCGCCCGGCGGCCAUGGGCGCUGCGCCCCACGCCACAGGCUGGUUUGGUCGCGGCAAAGCAGGUACGAACGAGGGCGAUCGAUACGAGACUCUGAACGCGACAUUUCUCUCCCGUCCGGCUCGAAAACAGCUGGAUGUGAUGCCAACGGCGAACUCGCAGCUCGAAGGCGCGUACGAGUACAACAUUUGGUACGACAAGUACAUUGGAGACCACUGGAACGACACGCGGGGCAAGGAACCCGCAGCCACGCGCUGCGUCUUGGCACUGGAUGCCGGCAGGACGAAAGCCGAUGUAGUAAGCAAAGCCAACCGCUACUUUUGCGUGCACUUUGCACGUGGUAUGUGUGCAAGAGGCGCCGAGUGCAGCUAUUACCACCGCUUGCCGUCUGCUGCAGAUGAGACGAGGAUUGGCAUGAUGCACGACUGUUUUGGUCGAGAGCGUCAUGCAACGGAUCGAGAUGAUAUGGCUGGAGUUGGUAACUUUAUGCGAAACUCACGGACGCUGUACGUAGGUGGACUAAAGUCGUGUAGUGGUCGAGAAGCACUGACGGCACAGAAAGAAGCGCUGGCCAAGCAGUUUGGCGAGUGGGGCGAAGUGGAGAACAUCAACGUGAUUCACCGGAAAUCGAUCUGCUUUGUGCGCUACCGUCAUCGGACAAGUGCCGAGUUUGCUAAAGAAGCCAUGGCGAACCAGUCGGUGCAGAGUGAUGAAGUGCUGAAUUUGCGCUGGGCCUUCGAUGACCCGAACCCCGUGGCGAAACAAGCUGGAGAGCGCGCGGACCGAGAUGCGAUUGUUGCUGUGAUGCAGGCUAAGGGCGCAACUAUAACGGAAGAUGCAGCGUUUGAUUAUCCGGAACAGUAUCAACUGCCAGCGACGAAGCGACAGCGGAUCGAAGGUGAUACGAUUGCGUCGUAUCCCGACACAGACACACAAUUCACUGCUGUCCAGAAUGAAUCGGAAAGUGCUGCGACAACUUGUGCUGCACCCUCUGAUGAAGAAUUGUACGCACAAUUGAGCUACGCCGACCCGAGUGGCAAGGUCUCGAUAGGUACACCCGAGGAGGACACGAACGACCAGGAGUAG